GCAUCGUGUAUCGCAUUUUGUACCUUAGCGCGGCUCUAUAGACGCUGCUAGAAAUAGACAACUUGCAGAAUUGUUGGGACACCCCAGUUGCGGACCGGUGGAGUAAGACACGCUGUGUGCCAUGAUGACCCUUGAAAAUUAAGACUUCAACGCUUUCACUUAAGAUGCAUAUCGUAACGUCUUCGAGGAAGUAGCGCAAAAGGCGGGCAGGACAAUGCGCGUCCGCGUGGCCACGCUGCUCUGCGUGGUAGUAACCCAAUUAUGGUUGAAUGCAUUGCCACUACUCGCCAGCACCCUUCUGCAACUGCGGACGGGGCAAGUGCAUACGAGCGACAUCGCGAGUAGAAUGAUUUCAUCGACACAACCAGACGGCACUUCCUCGGGGUCGCGAGCGUCGCGGGGGCUUUCGGCUGGCGAGGCCGUGCCGGAACCCUUCUUCGUGACCUACGCCGCGUCUGCAGCACGGGCCGCGCUCGCCGAGUUUAUAGCGAGCCAGGGGGCCUCCAUCCAUGGUUACAUCCCACAGAACACGUGGCUGGUGUAUGCGCCCGGCGCCGUGGUGGUGCAUGCUGUGGAGCUGGGGCUGGCCGUGAGCGCGGCUCCUUGUGGCCCCGAGUAUAAGGUGGCUCCGGAGUGGUUCGGUAUUCUAGCCAGCCGCGGCGUGCUGGCAGAUGCUGUGGACGUGGCGGCAGAUGGGGAGCCGGAGGACCCGGCGACGGCGGACGGUGCAGGGCAGACCGACGACUUCGCCUCCAUUGAUGAGGGCGGCGUCAAGAAGUAUGUGAUCACGGUGCAGCUGUUUGCGCCGGGGGGCGGCAGCCGGCCCGCAGCCGCACGCGCCCUAGCGGACCAGCUGGCGGCGGCGUGGCUGCAGCCGCUGACAGCCGCCGUCAUGCAAGCUCGGCAGCAGCAAUCACAACAACCACAACAGGAAGCAGGUGCAGCAGCGGGCACGCCUGGAGCCAAGCGGCUGCGGCGGCAUCGCCGGCGGAGAGGGCUCCUGCAGCAGGACCCCACACCCAACGCCACCAACGCCGCCGACAACGCAGGAGCAUCAACAGCAGCAGCGGCGGCGGCUGCGUCGCAGAGCGCAGACGCAGCCGGCGACCCCUGCACGCCGGCGCUGCGGGCGCGAGGGCGGCUGCUGCUCGUUAUCGUGUGUGCCGGUGGCGACGUGGCCUCAGCCCUGUCCUGGCUUGCGUCGCAGCCGCAGUCCCACUGGCUGGAGCCCACGCCGCGCCUGACCCGGCGGGACAUAUGGGGGGACCUGCUGGUGCAGUCGGGGGCGCGGGGGCUGGGCUCGGGCGUGCUGGCGCGGCCGCUGGAUGUGGGCGCGCACGUGUUCUGGUCUCGUGGUCUGGACGGGCGCGGGCAGGUGCUGGGCAUCAGUGACACGGGGGUGGACAUGGACAGCUGCUACUUCUUCGACCCGGAGAUCCCGGACGUGUGGCGGCGGCUGGUGCCAGACUCCAAGUUCAAGGGCGCCAAGGUGUUUAACAGCGACACACACCGCAAGAUCAAGAGCUACUAUGCCUACACAGACUUUGGUGACGCGGACGGGCACGGCACGCACGUCAGCGGCAUCGCUUUGGGUGCCUGCUACCUCUCGCCCGCCAACGCCUCGGUCCCGCUGGAGACACGCAGCACCAACUCUUCACCGCCCAGCCCGAGACCGCCCAGCCCGAGGCCGCCAAGCCCAAGGCCGUCUCCCCCGCCCCUGAAGCUCAAAACCAAGAAAGCAAAGAAGCCCCCGCCGCCGAUCCCAAGGCCCGCCACCCCUGGCACCGACGGAACCGGCAAUGGCGGCGGCAACGUAACCAACCGCAGCGCGGCCGCGGGCGAGCUGCUGACCAACCCAGCGAAUUACGUGAUUGACGACGCGGUGGGCAUUGCGCCCGGCGCGCGGCUGGCGUUCUUCGACAUCAUGAAUAAGAAGAAGGAGUACCUGUUGCCCAGCUACGACGAUUUGCUGACGCACCAGCUGGAGUCGGGCGUGCUGGUGCAGAGUGACUCGUGGGGCAACAAGCAGACGUUUUGGUACAACGGCCUGUGCCACCAACUGGACGAGGUCACGUGGCGGCACCCCGAGCUGCUCGUCCUAACCGCCGCCGGCAACGACGGCAACAUGCAACCGCCGCCCGCCAACGGCACCGUGUCGGCGCCCGCCAACGCCAAGAACACGCUUUCGGUUGGCUCCACGCUCAGCCUAACCGCCAGCAGCACGAACGGCGGCGCGCUGACGCUGCACGUGUGGACGGGUGGUCCGGAGCCGCCGCCGGAGGACCCAGCACUGGUGGCGGCGUCGCUGCCGGCGGAGGACGCGGCGGCGCUGAUGAGUGGCGACACGGCGGCCCUGAGCGCCCUGUACGGCAGCAGCGUCAUCAGCGCGCUGGCGGCCCAGGCCGCGGCCGCUGCCCAGGCUGCAGCCUCCGGCGGCGGCAGUAGCGGCGACAGCAGCAUCGGCAGUAGCAGUAGCGACGGCAGCGCAGGCUUUGACGGCGCGGUGGCGGCGCUGGUCGACAUCUCUUUCGGCGGCCGGAAGGCGCCUGCUGCCGCGACCAGCAGCCCGCCGCCCGCCGGCGCCGCCGUCAAGGCCGCGGACGACGAGACUGUUCUGAUCACCCUUGACAACUCCAUCGCGCCGCCGCCGCCCACCUCGCCUCCCACGCCUCCCUCACCUGUACCGCCGCCGCCUGCCGCCCUGAACGAGCUGAUACAGCUGCCUGUCAGCCAGGCCUUCCGCACACUUCGCGACCUGGAGGGCCUCACGCUCGAAGCCGUAGCCGCGAGCCCGCUCAACGCCUGCGCCCGCCUCAACGACUCCUCCUCUGCCUCCAACAACAAUAAGACUGCAGCCGAUGCCGCGAGUGCCGGCGCUGCCGCGCCCCUGCCCAAGCUCCUCAUCACCACGCGCGACGGCUGCAUGCCCUACGUCAAGGCGGCGGCGGCCGCCGCCGCCGGCGCCGCUGCACUUGCCAUCGCCAACGACGCGCCCGGCCCCGCCGUGGCCAUCCUGGUCAACCCCACUGGCUCCACCCUGCCCGCCGCUGCCCUCACACAAGACCUGGGCGCCCGCAUCUUCGCGGCGCUAGCCGCAGGCCAGCGCGUCUUCGCGCGCGCCAGCUGGCAGCCGCAGGGUCCGUACGAUCACGUGCCAGCCUUCUCGGGCUGGGGCCCCACGAACGACGGGCGUGUCAAACCCGACAUCGUGGCCCCAGGCUGGCGGGUGGUCAGCGCCUACAGCGACUUCGUGAGCGCGGGCGUGAGUGACGGCUGCGCCGUGCGCAUGACCAUGGAGGGCACCAGCAUGAGCGCGCCACUGGUGGCGGGCGCGGCUCUGCUGGCCAGGCAGUACUUUGAGAGUGGGCACUACCCCGCAGGCCGGACCGACGCGCCCGAGGCAGCGCCCUUCUCGCCCAGCGGCGUGCUGCUCAAGGCCGUGCUCAUCGGCGGUGCGUACGACAUGUCUCGCAGCGGCGGCCUGUCCUUCAGCACACUGCAGCCACUGCUGCCCGCGCCGUCCGCAUACCAGGGCUUCGGGCGACUGGACCUGGCAACGGCGCUGCCGCUCGCCUCCGACCCGCCCAACGCCACCGUCGCCGCCAGCUCCGCCCUGGCGUCUGUGUGCGGCGGCGGCGGCGAACCCACCCUCCAGCUUGUGGACCUGGCGGCGUUCGCCACGGAGGGGGAGCAGCACGUGUACACGCUGCAGGCACUGGGCGGCGGGCCGGUGGUGGCGACACUGGUGUGGGCGGACGCGCCGGCAGACCUCCUGAGCUCAGUGGCGCUGGUGAAUGACCUGGACCUGAGGGUCACACACACGCCGGCCGCUGCUACGGCUACUGCUGCUACUGCUACUGCGGCUGCUGCGGCUGCUUCGGCGGCGGCGGCUGCUACAGCCGGUCCUGGUAGCAGCAGCGGCAGUGGCAGCAGCAGCGGCAGUGGUAGUGGCGGCGGUAUGGGCGCGCGGCCGACGACGUACUGGGGCAACGCGGGAUGGGCGGGCGCCGCCGCGUCCGGCAGCGGCGACCGCGCCGGCGCGGAUGAGCGGAAUAACGUGGAGCGUGUGGUGGUGCCGGCGGCGGUGGGCGCCGGCUCCCUGGAGCUGCGUGUCGUGGCGGCGGCGCUCAACUCUCAGUUCAUCACUGCGUAUCGUGGCGAGCAGCAGCGCUACGCGCUUGCCGUGCACGGUUGCUUCUCCGGCGUGCUGCAGAGCCGGCAGAACCCAGACCAGCGGGGCUGGCCGCCACCCUCACCGCCGGCAUCGCCGCCGAAGCCGCCCCUGCCACCGUCCCCUCAGCCGCCCGCGCCGCCGCCGCCGCGGCCAUCACCGUCGCCUCCGCCGCCGAAGCCAGUGACACAGAAGCGGCGGCCGCCGCCGCCCAAGGCGACGACCAAGAAUGCGCCGACGGCUUCGGGCUGCGGCAAGCGGCUGGGCAAAGCAUGCAAGCCGCCGCCGCCGGUGUCGUAGCUGGUCGACGGCUCGUAGCAGGGUGGCAGCGGUGGGAUUGCGUAGAACGCAAAUGUUAUUUACCAAAUCGACUCGACCAGCGCAGGACAGGCUUAGACAACUGCUGCACGAUAGAGCAGACAGCGUUCGACCUAGUUAUGACUAGUUCAUUCUUGUCAUGGGCAGUUUUGGCAACUCCGCAUGUAGGCCCCUUGGCUGUGAUGCUUAGUAGGGCGGCUGGUUGGGAGCCCUGUGACGCGGAUAAGCUAGCAUGACACGUUGUCACUUGCAGACACGCUCCUGACGUAGGUGACAGACCUUAUGGCGCCGACAUGUGCGCCGCGUGCUUGCACUUCGAAUUUCAGCGGAUUCUUUCUAGAGGAACUGCUGUUUGUGGGUCUAACGCACUUGGAACUUGAUAGUUGGAGUCAACGCGUGACGUGUGACUAGGCCCUCCGGAGCUUCGAAGAAUUCUCAUGCAAAUAGCAGUACGGUAGUUUCUAGCAGACGGCACGGCGUUGGUGUCCAGAAUGCCGGCCCGUUAGGAACACUCUCAACAGUAGGAGACUGAGCAAUGCUGCUUGUGCUUUGCUCAGGUUCAGAGGCGAUCAGUCACAAUAGCCAUGUGACUACCAGAUUGAGACCACAGAGGAUUGGGUGCCAGCCUGCCACCUGUGGAUCUGUAAGUCCGGAUCUGG